CAACCAACCUCGCAACCAUCGUCGGUCGAUCCCUAGCAAGCUAGCUAGCCGGCCGGCGUGUUCAUCGGUUGGCACCAACCAUGCACGACGAGGAGAAGAAGGACUCCAAGUGCGCGACGGCGGUGAGCAUCGCCGGCCGCAUCUUGGGCAUGGGGCUGGCGGUGGCGGCGGCGGCGCUCAUGGCCACGGCGAGCCAGUGCACCGUCUACGCGGCCUACGGCGCGCGCCCGCGCACCGUGACCUACAGCGACUUCCCGCCCUUCGUCUACCUGGUCAUCGCCAGCGCCAUGGCGGCGUUCCUGGAGGCCAUAGCCAUCUUCCUCGCCGUGUGGAAGAAGGGCAAGGGCAAGAAGGCCGCGGUGCUCAUGCCGCUGCUGGGCGCCGCCGUGCCGGCGUUGCUCUACUCCUCCACGGGGGCAGCGUUCGCCAAGAGCGCCGACAUGUCCUACUGCUCGGCGUACGGCCAGCGCGUCAGCGUCUGCGCCGGCAGCGCCGCCGGCGGCAGCAGCAACUUCUGCAGCCAGGUGCACAUCGCCGUCUACCUCGCGCUGGCCGCGGCGAUCGUCGUGUCCGCCGCCGAGGUGGUGAGGGCCUUGGGAGGGGCGGCGGCCCUCGGCGGGUCGGACUCGGACUCCAGCUCCAGCUCCGAGUCGGGUGGCUGUGACCAUGGCUGCCACCACAAGCAUUAAUUAGGUUUUGCGUCUUCAUUUUUACAUGCUUUAUUUAAGAGAUUAAUUAGUCGCUGUAAUUAGUUGGUGUGCUUUACUUUCGCCUUCUGAAUUAACGGACACUUUGUGGCCCGUUUGUAUGUACCUACAGUCCAUGGAAAUAAUUAUGUUUGAAUAUUGUGGUGUUGACA